AUGGCAAUUUUCGAUUCCGAAAAACGCCCUCGCGGGCUACGCGUCCCGUCUCUAACGGCGAUGAAGAACGGCAGUGCCGCCGCCAGAUCACAAUUCUCCUUCAAGAAGUCAAAUGAGGUGAAAACUCCCGAGGAGCCAGUGGUGAUUCCUGUGGUCGUUCCUGCCCUGCCACCGCAACAAGCCCCGCCGACAAAGGAGUUACCGCCCCCGCCGACAAAGGAGUUACCGCCCCCGCCGAAAGACCAGGUCCCUCCUCCCCCGCGGAUGUUGACCAAAGUUCCCCCACGGCGCAAAGUUGCCAAUGCGCCGAAUGGAAUUCCUUCCCCAGUUGCGCAGACACCCGUGACAGCUCCUGCUCCUGCACCCGUACCAGUACCUGUUCAGGCGCAAGCACCACAAUCUCCGCCAUUGCAGCCAUCACCGCAAGCGGCUUCCCCCCAAACACAGGUCCACGCUCCGGCGCCACUGCCAGUUGCUACGCAAACGAUCAGACCGACAGAACAGUCAGUGGUUGUGGACAGGUCACAGAACCACUCAUACCCAACAGUACCCCCGGUUACCCUAUCUCCUCCACCGAGCGACGAGAACGAGGCAUUAACCCCCCUCGAAGACUUCAUCCCAACCCCCGAGGGCCCCGGAACUCCUCUAGACAAUCUGUCCACCGAAGAGCUUUCAAUGCCUCCCAUGCUGGAUAUCGAGCCCGUCGCGGCACCCUUGAACAAGGUUCACUUUGCAUGCUUCCAGGAGCACCGGAACAUGCCUGUGGCGCAGAACGUGUGGUGCCCACUUCCCUGCCAGACAUGCCACAAGUUCAACCGAGAGAUCCGUCAUCGUUGUGUGUUCUGCUGCUUGCGCGUGUGUGAAGGGUGUUACCAGGCAUUGCUGAAGUGCAAGAAUCGUUCGUUGGACGAGUUGAUGCAGAAGCUUUGA